AUGAAGCCCCAACGGAACACUGCCGACGCCGGCGCCGCCGCCGCCGCCGCUCCCGCCCCCAACUCCAGCGGCGGCACGGCGAACAGCAGCAGCAGCAACAGCGGUGGCGGCGGGCCCAAGAACGGGCAGAACGGCGGCGCGGGCGCCCCCAAGCCGGAUCUGUCGCCCGAGCCCAACUUUGAUGCGGAUGACGGGCAGAACCCGGGGUAAGGACUUGGUCGUAGCUUCCAUGGUGAUGCUUUGUAGAGGUGCUUGGAGUUUUAUGAAGGUUUACUUGCCCUGAGAAGCCUAUUUUCGCCAAUAACUACAGUGACGGACCUGAUUCAGUGGCAAAAAACGUACCAAUUUGCAUCCGGGAAGAAUCAAAAAAUGUAGCAAAAUACCUCCCUCCCCAAUUGAAAAAACUCCGAUUUCAAACGCACGCCCCCUCUCCUCGUAAGAAAAAUGGCGCCAUCUUCAAAACAGAGUUUUUUUCACUUGGAAAAGUAGUUUUAUUUUGCUACAUUUUUUAUACUUCCCGGAUGCAAAUUGAUACGUUUGUUGCCAUUGGAUCAGGUCCGUAGCUGUGAAAGAAAACAGUAAGCCAGAAUUUGUGAAAAACACAUUUUUUGAGCCCUGAAAAUGUGAACAAUCAAAGCUCUGUCAAAGGAAUCUUUGCCUUCAAAUCAAGGCAGUUUCAACUAACAAGGGAAAUGCCCCAGAUUUUCGUUAAAUUUUGCACAAACGUCGGGCUUAGGCCAUGUAUCAACAGGUGAAAACUUUAGCUCGCGCUUUACGAAAAAAUAGGCGUCAAACUUUUCAGGCAAAAAUUCGCAAAAAAAUGUUACAUUUUUUUUCAACUUUCGAUUUAAAAAUCUCGGUCGUUUCUGCAAAGCGCAAGCUAGGGUUCUUGCAUAUGCUUUAGAAAACAUUAUUCGAAAUUUGUGCCAAGUUUCAUCAAAAUUUAAGCGUUGCAAUUACACCACUUGUUCUGCAAACAAGACCAUUUUCCGUUUUGCUUUCAUAUUUACAAUAAUUCCAGUGCUCUUUCAGAAAGAUGUUCAUUGGUGGUCUGAGUUGGCACACUUCGGCCGACACGCUCCGCGAUUACUUCAGUCGUUUCGGGGAGGUGAACGAAUGUAUGGUCAUGAGAGAUCCGGCCACCAAACGGGCACGGUAUGAACUUUUGCAGCGACUUUUUAUGUCCUCAAAUUUCAAUUUUUACUUACCCAAUUACUGUAUCGAAACAAGCUUUGAUUUUUCAGCGGCUUCGGCUUUAUAACCUUUGCCGACCCCACCGCCGUUGACAAGGUGUUGACCGAGACCGAGCACGAGCUGGAUGGGAAGAAGAUCGACCCGAAAGUCGCGUUCCCGAAGAAGACCCAGCCCAAGCUGGUGGUGCGCACACGCAAAGUCUUCAUCGGUGGGUUGUCGCCCACCUCGACGCUGGACGACCUGAAGAAUUAUUUCCAACAGUACGGGAAAAUUGAGGAUGCGAUGCUCAUGUUCGACAAGGUCACUCAACGGCAUCGAGGUGAGGGGUUUGAGGGUUUUUAUUUAAUGUUAAAAACAUACGAAAUGCAACGGUUGAUGUUGCAUUUGUGCAUAGGAAAGUACUCCAAGUGCGACGCUCAGAUUUUAAAAAAAAUUUGCACACAUUUCGGGCAUGGAACAGAUAUCAAUUCCUGAAAACUUUAGCUCGCGCGUUACUGCGACUACCGAGAAAUCCAAGGAUCUUUUUCGGCCGAGAGAGUACGCGAAGCGCGGAGAGCGGUCAGAGAAAAACCCCUUUUUGACCGUAUCUUUGCCAAUUUUAUGCGGAAAAAGUUGAUUUUUUGUGGCAAAAUUACUCUCUACAGUAGAAAUGGCUGCGAAAUUUUUCAUGUCAAAAUUCACAAAAAAAGUGUCACAUUUUUGUCAACUUUCGACCUAAAAAUCUCGGUCCUUUUUGCAAAGCGCAAGCUAAAAGUCUCGCAUGUGUCUUAGAAAAAAAUAUUCUAAAUUUGUGCCAAUUCAUCAAAAUCUGCGUCGCAGUUGCAGUACUUUCUCGGCGAAGUAAGACUUGACCCAUUGAGUCAAGUGUUUCUCUGAGAGCGGAAAAUUGCCUUAAACUUGCAGAUUUUUGCAGGACAGUAUUUUUAGAGUAAAAUAUGCGUUUUUUUAAAAAUGGGUCAACUCUCUCUUCAUGAGGUGUCAACUGUUCUCUUUUGCCUAAAAACCGCAGCGGAAGCAUUUUUAGGAAUUUACCGAGAAUUUAGAAGCAUUUUUCUGAUUCCAGGCUUCGGCUUUGUCACGUUUGACGAUGAUGAGGUGUCGGACAAGGUGUGCGAGAUUCACUUCCACGAGAUCAACGGGAAAAUGGUCGAGUGUAAGAAGGCGCAGCCCAAGGAGGUCAUGUUGCCGGUGCAGCUGAGUAAAAGUCGGGCGGCUGCCGCCAGAAAUUUGUAUGGAUUGUCGCCGGAGCAGUUGUUGGGUGAGUUUUUCAGUAAUUUUACAUUUUUUAUAUUUAUUAUAUUAUCCAUGAUAUCAAGAGAAUAAUUUUGAUGAUUUUCAGCGUAUGCUUCGUAUGUUCCGAGAAUGCCUCCGUACGCCGGAGGAAAUCUACUGUAUCCGGGAUGUAAGAAAAACAUUUUUAUUAACUUUUUUUUAUUUUUUUAUCGGGAUUUUACACUCUUUUUAAAAGCUCGAAUCUAAUGUCUAGUACAAUAUAAUUUUUUUCAGUAUUCAACGGCUUCUCUCAAUCGUUCGGAAUGUCCCCGUCUGGCCGUAGUUCCGUGACCAAUGCCGGCGCUUCCAGCUCGGGAAUCGUCACUCCGCGCGAUCUGGCCGCAGCGCAAGCGGCCGCGCAACAGCACGCCUACGAAGCGGCCGUCGCCUACAUGGGUGGGGGCGGCCAAAUGGGCCACAACGACUACUACCACAACCCGCAGCAAUCCAUCCCGAACUCGUUCAACAAAAUGUGA